AUAUUUAGCUCUAUCCCUAAAUUCGGGAACGUAGCAAACUAGCAAUUUAGGCAUUUCACGUUAGCGCUUUUCUGAUACAACUCAGCUUUCUCCGCCCGGGAAAAUAUCGUUUUCGCGCGCGCGCUCCACCGGAUUUUGAACAUUCAGAACAUAUGCAAUCGCCGGAAGUUUGCGCGAUGGUAACCGACGCAAAUAGGUUGACGCCGGCGGAGGAAGAAAUUACGAACACGGCGACAUCAGUACAGGCAGUGGAAGAGUUAUUGAAAUAUCGAUUUCAGAACACGAAGCUUCUAGAAGAAGCUCUUACUCACUCUUCCUGUCCUAAUUUAAUUACUAAUUACCAGCGGUUAGCGUUCGUCGGUGACGCUGCUCUUGGCUUAGCUAUUUCCAGUUAUUUCUUCGUUACUUACCCUGAUGUUGACUGUGGUAGGCUUACUGACCUUCGUUCUGCCAAUUUAAGUACGGAAAAGCUUGCUAGAGUUGCAGUCGGGCACGGCCUUUAGAAGUACCUCCGCCGCAAUUCAUCAAUCCUCGAUGAAAAGUGAAGAUUCCAGUAAGCCAUUGCAUAUGGCACGUCACUGGCAACAUUGUAUCAUUGCGCAUUUCAUUGGCACAAGACAAAUUGAACUGAUUACAAUAGUUCCUUUGUGGAAUUGUAAUAGCAACAUUGUAUCAUUGCACAUUUCAUUGGCACAAGACAAAUUGAACUGAUUACAAUAGUUCCUUUGUGGAAUUGUAAUAGAGGAGACUUUGAUUUUGCACAUAGGUGAAGGAAUUUGUGAUAACAGUGCAACAGGAGGAGGAGAUGGAGUUCUAUGGAUGAAUGAUUAAAGCACCAAAGGUUCUUGCAGACAUUGUGGAGUCGGUAAUGGGGGCUGUAUAUUUGGAUUGUGGCUUUGAUGUGAAUGCUGUCUGGGUGAAAAUUGGUGAGUGAUUCAAUGAGAAAGCCCAUGGGAUCCAAUUUGCCCAGACAGGCACCUGUAGGCAGAUGUAGCAUUUCUUUCUUUGCUCCAAUGAUUGAUUUAUUUCUUGGAAGGGAAGAAAUGAUGAGGUAUUACAAUUGCAGAAAAUUGGUGAGUGAUUCAAUGAGAAAGCCCAUGGGAGCCAAUUUGCCCAGACAGGCACCUGUAGGCAGAUGUAGCAUUUCUUUCUUUGCUCCAAUGAUUGAUUUAUUUCAGAGAUUUCAUCAAUGUCUUAUGAAUACAAUUAUUUUGUUGAGCUAUAAAUAGGACAUUCUUGUUUUACAAAGAGAAAUGACGUCCUGAUGUUUAGAUAUCUAGUUGCCUUUUUUGAUUUAGAUCUUCAGAGGCUUCCUAGAGCCUAUUGUUAUGCUGAAUACGUUGGAAGAACAACCACAGCCUGUAAAAAUGUUGUUUGGACUUUGCAAAAAGGAUGGAAAACAAGUUGAUGUAGAACAUCGGAAAGAGGAGAUAAAAACAUAGCUAGCGUCUAUCUUGAUGGACAAUUUAUUGCAUCAGCUUCGUCUGAGCACAAAGAAAAUGCAAAGCUUCAAGUGGCAAAAGCUGCUCUAAAAGAGUUGUUCUAUAACCCUUUUGAUAAGAUGGAUGUUGAAUUUGUUCCAUUCCAGAGAAAAAAGAGGGAUUCUGAAUCUAUAACAUUUCAGAAAAAAAAGAUGGAUGUUGAAUUUGACCCAACAAAAGAGUGUGAAGGAGCAAAGCAGAAGCUAAACGGGCUUUGCCAGAUAGAGAAAUGGCCCAAACCAACUUACAGAGUAGAGAAAGAGAUAGGUCCUGUUCAUGAUAGGAGGUUUAUAUGCUCUGUGCAAAUUAUAAUUGCUGAAGGCAUGCUUUUUGUGAGGGGGAUGAAAAGUCACGAGUAAAAGAUGCAGAGAAUUCUGCAGCUUUAGCAACUAUCCGGAGUAUGCAGGAAUCAAAGUUCAGUUGAUUUGUUCAUCGUUCCACAUUCCAAUUCCAGGAUGAAGCAGGUACCAGGGUUCGUUUCAACUUGGAAGUAUAUCUUACUCAGGUUUUCUCUUGAUUCAUGCAAUAAUCAUGUUUCGUGCAAUAAUCUCAUUAAUCACUGAUGUUUGACUUUUUCUUUCAUUAACAAAUACCAUAUAGAAAAAAUGAGCCUUGGUCCUAGAGCAACCCCAAUGUAGUAGGUCAUAAAGUGAGGAUUUCCUAAAUACCAUAUAAGGAGACUAAUUUUUCUUCCCAUAAUCAAUUUGGGACUCUUUAACACUAUAUGUGCAGGAAUGUUUCUCAAACUCUUCAAAAAUAUCGACGUGAGUGCAUGGGAAAUACUUCAAAAGUAGUGCAUUUUUGAAGGUUCUGACACGGGUGCGACAAUAUUUUUUGAUGAUCUCAGUAACAUAGGGAUUCAUGACCUAUAAAGUGCAGUGCACAAGUAAGACAUGAUCAUUCCAUAUCUUACGAACUUAGUUGAUUAAUACCUAUAUAUCUAUGUUCCAUGUCUAUAAGUGCAUUCAUCUAAAGUAGGAAAAAUGUUUUCAACUUUUACGCUGAAAAGAACAUUGAGAAACAUGUGAGAUACCCUUGAGAAAUGUGAAGCGAGCAUUCUGAGCAAAUUGUUUUAAGGUGCAUGAGUCCAAGCAUAUGUGGGGCUAUCACUGAUAUGAUGAUAUGCACAAAUUACAUUAGAAAAUGACUAGUAAAUUUUAUUAUGAUCACCCUCAUUGAUUUAUAUGUAUAUAUAUAGUUAAACUACCCAACUGGGCCCUUUUCAUACGCAAAAAUAAGAUCUGUACAAAAAUAAUGACUUAGCCCAAAGUGCUAAUACACACAUAAAACAAGCGAAAGAAAGAAAGAAAAACAAACUACUACGCUAAAGGUCUAAUUAGGGAAGUGGACAGAGAAAAGGACUCUCAAUCCUUGUAGAGUCCGCUGGAAGUCUCUAUCUCCACACCGUUUCCAAAUUGCAUCUCUACCGUCGGUGCUCCAUUUAUCUACCUCGAGAUUCCCAAAAAAUGGAAUUGAAGAUCUACAUAAAGCAAGUUCAGUCAUCUUUGUGCACUUAGUAUUCCGAAGACGCACAAGUGGAGGAACACUUGCACGGGCUUGAAUCUCAUCCUCAGGAAAUUGAAAUCGGUAAUCUCUGAGUUCUAGACUUCUCUGCUGUUAAGGUUGAAGUCGUUCUUCCAAUGCAGAUCUAUAAGCCAAGACGUAACCCAUCUGAAGCUUAAUGCGUACAACCAUAAUUUGGGAACAGAAGAAAAAAGAGAGAAAAUAAAGUAGGUAAAGCGAAAGGAAGAAAAAGAUUACGACAUUCGAUUAAGGCUUUAGAAUGACAAACUUACCUCAGUCUCCCUCAGUCGGUGUCAGCAGUUCCUCAAGAGGUGGUAUGUCAUCAUCGUCUUCUAGUGAAGGAGCACCGGUCAAUAGGGAUCGCCAAAUGCAAUCUGCUCAACAGCUUGUGCUUGAUAUCUGCAACCCGAAUCUUCGUGAAAAUGCUCUUCUGGAACUUUCCAAGAUGAGGGAAAUUUUUGAGGAUUUGGCCCCGGUAUUAUGGCACUCUUUUGGUACCAUUGUUGUAUUUGUACAGGAGAUAAUUUCUGUCUACCCUGUUUUGUCACCGCCAAACCUGACUCCUGCACAAUCCAAUAGAGUUUGUAAUGUACUAGCACUUCUUCAGUGUGUAGCCUCUCACCCUGACACCAGAAUGUUGUUACUCCACGCAUAUAUUCCUUUGUAUCUGUACCCCUUUCUUAAUACAACAAUCAGGUCAACACCAUUUGAACAUUUGAGGCUUACAAGCUUAGGCGUUAUUGGUGCCCUUGUGAAGAUAGACAACACUGAAGUUAUCAGUUUUCUUGUUUCGACAGAGAUAGUUCCUCGGUGCUUAUGCUCAAUGGAGAUGGGGAGUGAACUAUCAAAAACAGUUGCGACUUUCAUUGUGCAAAAAAUCCUUCUAGAUGAUGUGGGUCUGAAGUACAUCUGUACCACGUCGAAUAGGUUUUUUGAAGUAGCUCAAGCUUUAGGGAAUAUGGUCGGUGCGCUUGCUCAGCAGCCUUCAUCAAGAUUGCUGAAAUACAUAAUCAGAUGCUAUCUUCGUUUAUCAGAUGAGCCAAGGGCUUGUCAGGCACUGAAAAAUUGUCUUCCCGAUAGGCUUAGAGAUGACACCUUCAGCAGUUGUCUUAGUGAGGAUCCAACAACGAGAACAUGGCUGCAGCAAUUGCUCCUUAAUGUUAAUGGGAAUCAGGUUGCCCCAGAAGCUGGAGGAUUUGAUCGGAUGCCGUGAACUGAAUUCGUACAAAUGGGACUUGAACUAAGGGUGAAUUUCUGUACUCAUAGGACGUGGAAUUUGAUGGAGUAUUUAAGGAGGCAUACUUGGGAACUUAUCUGCACUCAUAUUUAUUUAUAUGUACUGUAUUAUGUGAAUUGUUGUGAAGAUUAUUAUUAGGAUAUUAAGACUAGUACUGUACCUUUACUAAGCCUGUCUAUUUGGUUUUUUUCACUUGGUGUCCGGUACUCUCGUAUCAAGGCCUAUCUAGAUUUGGAUUCGUGCUA